AUGUAUUCCUUAUGGAAAGAGGUUAGUGAUCAGAUAAAAAAAAAAGCAGAGGAUUUAAAUAACACUUUUCAAGAAUUGAAUAUAAAUAAUACAUCAAAAGAUAAUGGAAAGAACAAAGAUUAUAAAUUAAAUGAAAAUGAUUCGGAUAAAGCAUUGAAAGGUAGUAUACAUGAGAAAUUAAACUUAAUAAAUAAUAAAUACCUAAAUAAGGAUUUCUAUGAAUUACAAUAUUAUAAUAAUAAAUUUAUAAAUGGAUUUAAUAAUAUAAAAAAAAUGGUUGGUGAUAUAUAUAAAGAUAAAUUAAAUAAUUUAAAUAAUUUAAAUAAUGAUGAUACAGAUAAAAAAAAAUUGUAUUUGUCAAAAAUUGUACCAUGGAAAAAAGCAGACAUUAUGAUUUCCAAAAUAUACAGAAAGAAAUUUGAAGAAGGGUUUCCUAUAAAUUUACCUGAUAAUAAUUUAAAUAAUGAAGUUUAUGAAAAAAUAUUAAAAUUAAAUUUAGACAGGAAUAGAAUUUUGAAUACUAAUAUUUUAGAAAAUUAUAAUUUUAAUUGGAUCAAAAAAAAAGAACAAAGCGAAAAAAUUAUGCAAGAAGAUGAAAAUUUAAUAACUACUAAAAGUUUUUUAGUUCCAUCAUAUAUGUCUGAGAUGGAUUUUUGGAAAUCAUAUUUUUUUAAUAUAGAUAUAAUAUAUAAUGAAAUUGCCGAUGAAAUUUAUGAAAAUAAAAAGAAUAUUUUAAUGAGCUAUGAUUCUGAAUAUCCAUCAAGUAGCUUAAAAAGUAAACCAGAAUAUCAAAAAAAUGACCAUUUAAUAAAUGAAAAUGCAGUGAAUAAUUUGAAGUACGAACAUAUAAGAAAUAUAUCAGAAAAUAAGAAUAAUUUAAAUAGUUUUAAGAUAGAAGAUAAAUUAAAUAAUAUGAAUGAAGUAAAUAAUACAAACAAUUUCAGAAAGGAAAAUUCCUUAAAUUUUGAAGAUGAAAUAAAUAAGCAAAAUUUUAAAAUUGAAAAUGACAUAAACAAUGUGAAAAAAAAAAAUAACAUAUGCAAAGUAAAUAAUGACAUUAAUAUAGACAGUUUAAGCAGUUUAGAUAAAUUAAGUUAUUCAGAAAAUAGAAAAAUCAAAGAAGACUGUUUUAAUUUUAAUGAAAGAGAUAAUAAUGCUGAUAUUACAUUGAAAAAUAAUUUAAAGAAUAAUGUAAAGGAAUUAAGAGAAAAUAAUCACAUUUCAGGUAAGCAUGUAUCUACAUCGGUUGAUGAAGAAAAUUACGUAAAAAAAGCAGAAAUAAAUGGUUUAAAUAUUUAUAUGGAUAAUGAUAUAUAUUUAAAUUUAAGAGAAAAGUCAAAUAAUUUUUCCAAGUUUUUGAAUAAUACUGAUCACUAUGAUAAAAAAGAGUACACUUCAUUUUCUUCUGAUGAAAAAAAAAAUUAUGACAAUAUGUUAUAUGAAAAUUUUAUUAUUUCUGAGAAAAAUAUAGAAGAAAAUGUGAAGAAAAAUGAAAAUAUUCCUAUAAAAGGAAAAUGUGAUAACAUUAGUUUGAAUGAGAAGAACAACAAAAUGGAUUCAUCGUUAAGCAUUUCAGAAUACAAUUUAAAAUUAUUGGAGGAAAUUAAACAAUCUAAUAAAAAAGAGUACAAAAAUGACGAUCAAAAUAAUUCAUGUGGAUUUUUAUCUUCUGAUAUCGACUCAAAUGAAGUAAAAACUAAUAUCUAUUCUACUUAUGAAUGGAAUGGCAAAACUUCUAAUGAUCCUAAUGUAAAUAGUCAGGAUAAAGAAAAUAAUAAUAUUCUCAAUUUCAUUAGUUGUACAAAUGAAAAUAUUGUAAUAGAAAAUCAUCAACAUAAGGAAAUUAAAAAUGAUUAUAAAAAUACUACAAAAAAUGAAAUAGAAAAUGUAGUUACAUCUAAUAAUAAAGAUAAUGUAAAUAUGGAAAUAAAAAGUUAUGAUUUGAAUGAAAAGAAAGGAAUAAAAUCAGAAAAAGAAUAUGAGAAAAGUAAUAAAAGUACAAAUAAGAACAUGCCGGAAGAUGUAUAUAGAGAAAAUAAAUCAUUUCACAACAAUAUGAAUGAUAAUAAAACAUUCAAGGAAUUUAAAAAUAACGAAAACUGUUUCGAGUCUGAAUGUAUUAUUAUAAAAAAUGAUAUAAAUAAUUUUGAAUUAAAAGAAAAUAGUAAUACACAAUCAUGUAAUAUUCUCAAUAAGAUUAACAAUAUAAAUAUUACGGCUAAUAAGAAUGAUGAUGAAAGAAAAAAAAGCAAUACUAAUAUGAGCAAAGUAAAUACCCUUUUAAUAAAUAAUCAAGGUCUCCUUAAUACUAAUGAAAAUCAUUCAAAUGACAAAUAUUUCUUAAAGGAGUAUAAUGAUUCUAUGUUACCAGAUAAUAGUUUUGAUGCAUCUAAUAAUGUAAUAAAUGAAAAAAUAAAUGUAAAACAAAAAGAACUUUCUAUUAAUGAUAAUGAUAUCACAUUAAUAGAACCAUUAAAGACAGAAAAUUACUUGAAAGAAGAUUUUUAUUUUGAUAAUUUGAAUAACUCCACUAAUUUCAGAAAUAUUGAAGAAACAAAAGAAAAUGUAAAUUUUAAUGUAGAUGAUUUAAUAAAUUUAUCAGCUAAUAAGGGAAAAUAUGACUCAGAUAAUUUUUUAAAAUCAAGUGAUAUAAAUAUAGAUGAAAUAAAUUUUGGGGAUGAUUUGGAGUUUGAUUUUAAUUCGAGCAAAUUUAAUGUAGAAGAAUUGGAGCAAUUUGAAAAAGAUCUUUUAAAUACAUGA